AUGGCCGCAAUGGAGGAGCUGGAGAUCCACAGCAAGUCCUACUUCGUGCGCUGGGUCAAUGUCGCCGCUGGCCAUACCAUCUCGUGGAGCAUCCAGCCGCACAAGAAGUCCGUGAACUUUGGCAUCUUCAAGCAUCCUGGCCAGUCUGCUUCCCUCGGCUCGCAGCUGCCCACCUCCGACUCCCACGGCACCGAUUCCACCGAGAACCUGCCCGCCACUACCACCGCGCAAUCCGGAUCCCGCAACCAGCCGUCCGCCGUCAUUGACAAGCUGACCGGCAUUGGCCUGAAGUCCAUCAAAUGGAUCGGGAAGUGCGAGGCCGAUAAGAUCUCCCAGGGGACGCACGAUGUCCCGACGAAUGAAGCCGGGAACUACGCGUUGGUGUUCGACAAUACCUUCUCUAAACAAAUCUCCAAGACCGUCACCCUCGUCCUCCUGACCUAUCCGACCGGACUCCAGCCGCAUGGCUCCGCGCCCCCCUCUGUUGCGCGCUCGCACACCGGCGGCUCAACGGACUCCCUCACGCAGCCGAAAACUCGCCGUCGCGGAAACAGCCGGUCGACCCUGAAUGUGCAGGUCUCGGAGACGUCCACAUCGACCCUGCAUACCGGACAGCUUCAGAAGAGACGGCGUAAGCGCGGCCAGGGCUGGGCGCGUCGGUUCUUCUCAUUGGACUUUACCUCCUGUACUCUAUCUUAUUACCAUGACCCUAACUCGUCAGCGCUACGCGGCGCCAUCCCGCUUUCGUUGGCGGCCGUAGCGACCAACGAGAAGUCCCGGGAGAUCUCCAUUGACUCCGGCACCGAAAUUUGGCAUCUCCGCGCGAGCAAUGAUCAGGACUUUACGUCUUGGAAGCGUGCUUUGGAGAAAGCUUCUUCGAAGGAAGCCCCCAAGGAAAAUGAGCUGGCUGUUGCCGGGCCUCCGGAGCUGCGUCUGUCCCUCCCGCAACAACCAUCUCCGGCGGAGGAGGAAGAGUGGACCCGCGUUGAGAGCUUGGUUGGCAGGGUCUCAGGCUCGCGGGAUGCAGUGCGCCGUCUUGCGAAGGACACGGAUCCCAAGUAUCUGGCGACUCCGCUGCCAUCUCCUAUGGAGCGCACUCGUGGCCGAUCCCCGAGCCCGCAGCCUGCGUCAAAUGAAGCUGUUAGUGCAGACCCCAAGCGGUCUUUCUGGAAGCGCAAGACUAGUGGCAACUCCAAUGCCAGUAGUUCCAAGCGUCCUCCAGGCCCGGAGCACACGAACUCAAGCUCUUCGGGACUGGUGGUCCCGCCUGCCAAGCCUGCGAGCAUUUCCAGCCAUGCUGACGGUAUGGAAGAAGUCCAUGACCAUCUGAUGGCUGUCCUGCGUGACCUUGAUAAUGUCGUGACCGAGUUUUCUACCCUGCUCGCUGAGAGCAAACAGCGAAGAAACCCACCCCGGUCAACGGUGUCUAUGGCUCCUCGCAAGAGUAUGGAGUCAGAAGACUUGGAAUUCUUCGAUGCUAUGGAUGGGGGUGCGGCAUCUCCGCUUUUGACAAUCCAAGAUAGUGAUGAUGAAGGCGAGAAGGAACGACCCAGUACCGCCACCGAGGAUGUGGAUGAUGCUCCCUCCGACAGCGAGGACGAGGAUUCUGCUUCAGUUCCUCAGGAUAGCAGCUCCGCCUCGCCAUUGUUCCCAGCCCGUCCCAAAUCCUUAUCCCCUCUCCCUCUGGACGCCAUCCGUCGUCGCCAGAACAUCUUAGCCCCAACCGUCCUCCCUCCCAGUUUGAUCGGAUUCUUGCGCAAGAACGUCGGCAAGGAUCUCUCUCAAAUAUCUAUGCCGGUCUCAGCCAACGAGCCUCUUUCCUUGCUACAGCGUGCUGCAGAGAUCUGCGAGUACUCGUCUUUGUUGGAUAAAGCGGUCCAGAUCUCUGAUAGCGCCGAGCGUUUGAUGUACAUCACCGCAUUCGCAGUGUCAUCUCUAUCAAGCAAUCGUGUCCGGGAACGUUCCAUCCGCAAACCAUUCAACCCCAUGCUCGGCGAAACGUACGAACUCGUCCGCGAAGAUCAGGGUUUCCGCUUCAUCGCCGAGAAGGUCUCCCACCGUCCCGUCCAACUAGCCUACCAAGCCGACAGUCGCGAAUGGAGCCUCGCGCAGAGCCCAAUGCCCAGCCAGAAAUUCUGGGGCAAAUCUGCGGAGAUCACGACCGAAGGUCGUGUGCGUAUUACCCUCCACGCCACUGGUGAACGAUUCAGCUGGACGCCUGCUACCUCGUUCCUGCGGAAUAUCAUCGCCGGCGAGAAGUAUGUUGAACCAGUUGGUGAGUUGACCGUCGCUAAUGAAACGACGGGUCAACGUACCAUCUCGACCUUCAAGGCUGGUGGCAUGUUCUCCGGUCGUAGUGAAGAAGUCUCUACGCGUGCUGUCGACUCAUACAACAAGCCACUUUCCCUUGGUCUAACUGGCACUUGGCCGACUUCCCUGUCACUUACGCGGGACGGCUCACCAUCCGGAAAACCAAUCUGGACCGCAGGCCCUCUUGUCCCGAGUGCGCCUAAGCAUUACGGGCUGACAGCCUUUGCCGCUGCUCUCAAUGAGAUCACCUCAAUUGAAGACCAGCAUCUCCCGCCCACAGACUCCCGUCUCCGUCCUGACCAGCGCGCAUUGGAAGAUGGUGAUCUCGACCGCGCGGAGGAAGUUAAGGUUCAAUUGGAAGAAGGGCAGCGCGCUCGUCGGAGGGAGAUGGAGGCUGCCGGUGAGAACUGGAUUCCUCGAUGGUUCACGAAGGUUAGUGAUGAGUCGAAUGGGGAGGUUGUUUGGAAACUCAAGGGUGGGAAGGAUAGUUAUUGGGAUGAGCGUGCGAAGGGUACUUGGAGCGGUGUUGUGCCGGUUUUUGACACCAAAUGA